AUGUCUACCUUAGAAGAUGUUUCUUCUGCAACAAAGAAGGCUGUUGGUCAACAGCCGGAGUCGACGGUUGUGUCUCCCUACCUCUUGUCUAGCUCCGACAAUCCAGGUUCCAUGAUCUCGUCGACUGUCAACUCCAUGAUUGUUGGUUGGAUACGUACGUCGAUCGAACCAAAGGUUAAGUCCACAGUUACAUUCAUAUCUAUUGCACGUGACUUGUGGUUAGAUUUGAAGCAACGAUUCUCCGUGGGGAACAAGGUGCGAGUUCAUCAAAUCAAGGCUCAGAUAGCGGCUUGUCGUCAAGCUGGACAGCCGGUCAUUGAUUACUAUGGGAAUCUGUGUCACCUUUGGGAAGAACUUCAGACUUACAAACCUUUGACAGUUUGUAAGUGUGGACUGUGUACGUGUGGUGCUACUCUCGAACCUUCAAAAGAGAGAGACGAGGAAAAGAUCCAUCAGUUCAUAUUGGGUCUUGACGACUCACGGUUUGGCGGUCUUAGCACGACCCUCAUUGCAAUGGAUCCAUUGCCUUCCCUUGGUGAAAUUUAUUCUCGUGUUAUUAGAGAAGAACAAUGUUUGGCUUCAGUUCGUGUUCAUGAACAGAGGAACGAAGUUGUCGGUUUUGCAGCUCAAGGUGAACAGAGUACUUCGACUCCUUCACGAUCGGAUAUACAGAGUGGAGGACGAUUAGAUUCCGCAAUUAUCAAGUCGCGAUCAGCCAUCUGUUCUCAUUGUGGGCGCUCAAGCCAUGAAAAGAAGGAGUGCUGGCAAAUUGUUGGUUUUCCGGAAUGGUUCACUGAGCGUAACAGUGGUGGUCGUGGUUCUUCUGGCCGAGGCAGAGGAGGUCGUGGUGAUGGACGCGGGAGAAGCUAUGCCACGACAGCUCAUGCAACGAGCUCCACUCCCUCUAAUCUUCCUGAAUUCACUUAA